AUGGGGCGGCUGAUUUGGUUUUCGAUUUGUGUUUUCUUCGUUUUGAGAAAAUGGGUUGUCGAAAGUUUCGAGCUUUAUGAUACGGCGGCGUUCGCGGAGUCUGUUUAUGGAGAGUCGGCUGCAGGGCUUCCUCCAGACACUCUCAUGGUGGGGCACACUCUCGUCAAUGGCGCCGCGGCCGCCGGAGCUGUAUGUUUGGAUGGAUCAUUGCCGGGCUAUCACUUGAAUCGCGGGUUUGGGUCGGGAGCAAAGAGUUGGCUCAUCCAGUUAGAGGGAGGGGGGUGGUGCAAUAAUCUCAGAACCUGUACAUACCGUAGCAAAACACGUCAUGGCUCGUCUAAUUUCUUUGAGGACAAAAUACCAUUUAUAGGGAUACUUAGCAACAAGAGAAGUGAAAAUCCAGAUUUUUUUAACUGGAACAAAGUAAAGGUGCGCUAUUGCGAUGGCGCGUCCUUUUCCGGUAACAAAACAGAAACGGUCGGUGGCUUGUAUUUUCGAGGGCAACGCAUAUUCCAAGCUGUAAUGAAGGAACUGAUGUCGAAAGGAAUGGGCAAUGCGGAACAUGUGCUUCUUUCAGGUUGCUCGGCUGGCGGCCUAGCUUCUAUUUUGCACUGCGACCCAUUUCGAAAAUUAUUUCCUGCAGCUACUAAAGUGAAGUGCCUCAGUGAUGCUGGAUUAUUUCUGGACGCUACUGAUGUAUCUGGUGGACACACUCUGAGAAGGUUUUUCAGAGAUGUUGUGAAGUUUCAGUUCCACAAUGUCUUUAAAAUCCUAUGUUUAUUUUAUUUUUGUCUGUUUUCUCAGUGCUUUUUCCCUCAAAAUAUAAUUGCCAACAUCAAAACUCCUCUGUUCAUUUUGAAUGCGGCCUACGAUACAUGGCAGAUACAAGAAAGCUUGGCUCCCCGAGCUGCUGAUCCUAAUAACCGAUGGCACAACUGUUCGAACAAUAUGGAACUAUGUUUUAGGACAGAAAUGGUCGAUGCAGUAAAGGAGUUUACACGCUCGAGUAAAAACGGGUUAUUCAUCAAUUCUUGCUUUGCUCACGGCCAAUCCGAGAGGCAAGAUACUUGGUUUGCCCAAAAUUCUCCAACUAUUAACAACAAGCCGAUCGCGAUUGCUGUUGGCGAUUGGUACUUUGAACGAACAAGAAACUACACGGCUAUCGACUGUGAGGAUUGCAAAAGAACAUGUCACAACAUGAUAUUCAAAUGA